GUUGGGCUCCAGCUUUUCCUCCCACAUCUCGCUCAACAACGCCAGCGCCGGCUGCCACUGCCCGCCCUUCUUGCAUGCGCAGAUCCCAGCGCUGUAGCUGAUCGUUGGGCUCCAGUUUCGUCUCCCACAUCUCGCUCAGCAGUGCCAGCGCGCGCCAGCUGCCACUGCCCGCCCUUCUCGCACGCGCUGAUCCCAGCGUUGUAGGUUAGACUAGGGCUAAAUUAAGUCGGGCUCCAGUUUCGCCUCUCACAUGUCGCUCAGCAGCGCCAGCGCCUGCUGCCACUGCUCGCCCUGAUGACGUCGUGCACCAGCUUCGCCUCCCACAUCUCGCUCAGCAGUCGCCAGCGCCCGCUGCCACUGCCCGCCCUUCUCGCACGCGCUGAUCCCAGCAUUGUAGCUGAUGACGUUGGGCUCCACUUCGCCUCCCACAUCUCGCCCAACAGCGCCAGCGCCCGCUGCCACUGCUCGCCCUUCUCGCACGCACUUAUCCCAGCGCUGUAGCUAUGACGUUGGGCUCCAGCUUCAACUCCCACAUCUCGCUCAGCAGCGCCAGCCCCUGCUGCCACUGCCCGCCCUUCUCGCACGCGCUGAUCCCGGCAUUGUAGCUAUGACGUCGGGCUCCAAUGUCGCCGCCCACAUCUCGCAAAGCAGCGCCGAAGCCCGCUGCCACUGCCCGCCCUUCUCGCACGCGCUGAUCCCAGCGUUGUAGCUUAAUGACGUUGGGCCCCAGUUUCACCUCACGCAUCUCGCUCAGCAGCGCCAGCGCCCGCUGCCACUGCUCGCCUUUCUCGCACGCGCUGAUCCCAGCGCUGUAGCUAUGACGUCGGGCUUCAGCUUCGCCUCCCACAUCUCCCUCAGCAGCGCAAGCGCCGGCUGCCACUGCCCGCCCUUCUCGCACGCGCUGAUCCUAGCGUUGUAGCUGAUGACGUUGGGCUCCAGCAUCGUCUCCCGCAUCUCGCUCAGCAGCGCCAGCGCCCGCUGCCACUGCUCGCCCUUCUCGCACGCGCUGAUCCCAGCAUUG